AUGCAACCACUAGGGAAAACGCCAAAUGCAGCGAAAAUUGAAGGUCGUCCCUGGCAACAAGAACUGAACGGAUUCUUAUUGCAAUACCGCACAACCCCACAUUCCACAACUGAAGUACCACCAGCAAAACUGCUAUUUAACAGAACCGUCAAAGGAAAAUUACCUGUGUUACAAAAGCGGAAUAUUAUCAACCGCCACCGACAAUCUUGUCAGAACGAAGAUUCGAAAAAGGAGUACAACAAGAAAUACGCUGACAAGAAGCGAAACGUGAAAAAGAGCGACAUCAAAGUCGGUGAUCGUGUCCUGGUUAAACAACAAAAACAAAACAAACUUACAUCACAAUACAGCGAAGUACCGUAUACUAUAACAAACAGACAACACUCACGUAUUACAGCACGCAACAAAUACGGACAUAUCAUUACGAGAAACAUCUCUCACUUUAAACCGUUACAAACGAACAAUAAAGUAGAUACAGAUGAUGAGGAUGAUGAUUCGACAGUUAACAACAACGACAAUGGACAGAACAAGGCUAACCACACUGAUCGUGGUAACAAUGAACCAAGUAUUCGCAAGUCGUCCAGAAACACCAAGCGACCAGAGCGAUAUGGACAGCCACUAUUGUGGCAGAGAGUUAAAAAAAAAGGAAGUGAUGUAGUAUAG